UUUACUUUUGAAUAAUUGUAUUUUUCUUUUAUGAAAACGAACGAAAUUAUUAAGGAUAAUAUCAUAAAAUAUAAAUAUAUUAAUACAAUUAAUUGUAAUACAAAAAAUAAUUUACGUUACAAAAACUUUUCAAUCAAAAUAGUGUCUAGGAAAUGUGCAUCAUGGAAUUUAAAUUAUAUGCUUUUGUUAUGUUAACUGUAUAUAUUCAAAAUUCGUGGACAAUUGUUAAUGAACCUUCUUAUUGGAACUAUAUAAAAAAUGAAAUAUACACAGACAAUAAUAAAUCAAUAACUUUAGAAGAAGCCUGUCAUGCCGAUGACUCUAGUGCUGCUUUAAAAAUUUAUUUUACAACGCAGAAAAGAGUGUUUAAGAAUUUGUUUGUAUUAAUAUUUUACUGUACAUUAGUUGCUUUUAAAGAUGAAAAAAAUUCCCAAAACAAAGUAUUUGACAUGAUAAAAACAUCGUUUAAUCAAAUUCAUUCAUUUAUGAUAAAAAAACGCAUUGGUACUGUUGAAUUAGAAGAUUUGGAAUCAAUUAUUACAGGUAUUGAUAAAAAAAUAACUAAAAGUAAACGAAAUAUUUUGGAGAUUUUUAUAAGUAUAGUUCAAGUUGUUAAAAAUGAACUUGGCGAAAAAACCAAGAUUUCCUAUGAGUCAAGAAAAGAAAUAAAUUCGUAUGAAGAAAUCAUUAGACAAAAAUACAAUUGGAAUUUGUACAGAUCAGUAAUACCCGAAAGCGUAAAAACUUCUUGUUACCUCAAUAAAAAUGUAUCGUAUAAUGAACUACUUAACGUAGCGGAUAACAUUUAUAAUAGUAUAAAAAAAGAAUACAAUUUAAUUCAUCACCCGUCUUCCAACCCUUAAUAUUCCUCCAUCUGACCUUAUUUCAUCCCUUAAGAAGACGAUAUUUCAAGAAUGGCAAAAAUAUCGGUCUUCUCCUUUCACUCUCAUCGCAGCUUGACACAAAUCAAUUUCACCAACUAUUCCUAAUCACACUUUCUUCCAUAAACUUCCACUCUCACGGUUUCAUAUAUUAUCCUUUUCUCGGCUAAGACUUGGUCAUAAUCGCCUUCCUUUUCACGCGUACAAAAUGUCCCUUAACAAUCCUCCCAAUUCUUUCCCAAACAUGAUGAUGAAGUUCUCUGCGAUUUUUUAUUAAUAUAAUUUUUGACUGCUGUGCUUUUGAAAGAAAUCGUUCUAUUUUAUUUAAUUAUUUGUCUCAUCAUAAUAUCUCUCAUAUUAAUUGUUACACUAUUCUUAACUCAACUUCUCUCGAUGUAAUUUCUUUAGUUAUUUCUUUCAUUCAUUCAGCUGGUUUUUUAAUUUAACUAUUUUUACUGUAAUUUUAUUGUAAUUUCGUUGAUAUAAGAUCAAUUGUACUUUUUUUUUCUCUUUUUAAUUAAUUGUUAAGCUAUAGUAAUACUUUGUAUUGAAAGCUAAUAAAAAAAAAGAAUAUAACCUUUGAUAAUUAAAACUAUAUUUUUGAAGGCAAUAAAUUUCAGAUUUUGGCCUUUUAUUUACUAUUGUAAAGUUCAUAAAAUAAAAAAUAUGCAUGUCAUUUA